AGUCAACUUUUUUUUUUUCCUCUACUGAUUCUUUGAUAUUCAAAGGAUUGCCUCGAUUUAUAGCUCUUGAUGCCUCUCAUCUCUACCCCAUUUUGUUCCUUCAAGCUCUCUCUCUCGCUUUCUGUGAAGAGCAAAGUUAUAUAAUUUCUAGGGUUUAUAGUGAAGAAAAUCUAUAUAUUUUUAUAUAUUCCACAAUGAGAAAACCUUGCUGUGACAAGCAAGACACAAACAAAGGAGCUUGGUCCAAGCAAGAAGACCAGAAGCUUAUUGAUUAUAUUCGCAAACAUGGCGAGGGUUGUUGGAGAACACUCCCUCAAGCUGCAGGCCUACUUCGCUGCGGUAAAAGUUGUAGGCUGAGAUGGAUAAACUAUCUUCGACCAGACCUUAAAAGAGGCAAUUUUGCUGAAGAUGAAGAAGAUCUCAUCAUUAAGCUCCAUGCACUGCUUGGCAAUCGGUGGUCUCUGAUUGCUGGAAGAUUGCCAGGGCGCACGGACAACGAAGUAAAGAAUUAUUGGAACUCUCAUCUAAGAAGAAAGCUUAUAAGCAUGGGAAUCGAUCCAAAUAAUCAUAGAUUGAACCACAGUUUCCCUCGUCCGCAUCAUCAUCAUCCAAGCUCCCAAACGGCAGGUACACAAAUGUCGUUUGGUUUCAUCAAAAGCCCUACCAAUACUGAUAAUAAUAUUCACCCUCUAAAAUCCAGCAAUUGCGAUCAAGAAUCAGAUGCUGGAAGUUGCUUGGAGAAUGAGUUUUGUGGUGAUCGUAAUGAUCAUCAGCUGCCUGAUUUAAACCUCGAUCUUGCAAUAAGCAUUUCUUCACCUAAUUCAUCAACCCCUUUACCUUCACCUCCUGUUAAUGCCAAAGAGGAGCAAAAUCUUGAUGAGCCUAAAAUGUCCAUGGACUUAGAAUUGUUCGUUUCGUCGUCACCUACUCUUCCUCUAUUCAGAUAAUCAGAGAAUUUUUAUUAGGAAGAUAAUUUUUCUAUCUUCAUUCUAUGAAUGUUAUCCAAGCGAAAAAAAAAAUAAUAAUAAAACCUUGUUGAUGACGAGGCAUUCCAUUUUUAGAAAAUUCAACAACUAUAUGUAUAUAUGACAAAGUUCUUUAAAGGAAAAACAUCCAAGAUCUUUCUCUCUU